CUACUACGAUGCCAUUGUUGAAGCUGUGGACCGUAAAGCACAUUCUUGUGCGAAUGAAGGAGAAGAACAAUGUCGGUGCACCUUUGUGCUGUCUUGGCUUCAUGGUCCAAACACAGGCCUAUUAACCAGUGCUGGUAUAGCUAGCGUAUGCACAGUAAACGAUGAAGGUUGGAUUGAUCGAAAAGUCGCUACUUUCUCAAGGUUGGCAAAAAGUAAAGUUGCAGUUUCAUCUCGCAAGAACACUUCUAUUUAUCGGAAAGAAGCAUCAGCUGGAUUAGUGCUUGCUAAAGGAGGAUGGAGACAGCUGCUCACUGAUCAGAAGAAUUUUUCAUUCCAGGACAUUCAGAGUCGGUGGAAAUUAAUUUAUGGAAGUGAAAGCAAAGUAGGUGCAGAGAACUCGAGCAACCUCGAUUCUUCUCUUCAAGAUCAAGACAAUGAUCUUGGUGGAGAAACAUCAAACUGCCAUUUCAUAUUGCUUGGUAAUCUGGAGAGGAGCUUAUCUCCAUCAUCGAUACAGAAGUUCAUACACAGACACACAUGUGUGUCACCUCAAGUGUAUAUUCUGCUAAGUCCCAUCUCAACACACUUUGCAAGAGCUGUUCUUGUGGUGGAUACCAGGAUGGACCAUAGGACGCUAUGCCAAUUCCUGGACAAUCCAGAUCACUUAGUAGUGUCCACGAGCGGAAGUGAUUAACAGAAGCUGUGUCUGAAGUGAAGCUUCCCCUCCAAACCUCGCAAUCCAAGUUCCAAACAGACUAUAGAUCUUCCAGAUAUCAAGAUGGACUCAUUCUUCAAAUUGGCCCUAUACUCUGGUCUUGUAGAUGGCAGUUGUACAUGUUUUUAACUCUUGAGAUUGCCAUUGGCUUCCUGUAAAGCUCUCAAUGUUGAAGAUUAAUGUUAUGUAUUUCAUUUCAUAUAUUAUUCCAAUAGCUUUUGUGAAAAAUUCAAUUCCAAAUUCACGAUUACUUUGUUACCAUCAACAUUGUCAUCUAUAAAUAGAGGUUUUCACGUUCACUUUCAGCCGAACAAGAAGCAGUCCAUGAGAAUUAGGGAGAUGAUUUUGAGAGUUUACAUUUAACUUGCAGUGUGUUGACUUUUGUUCUUUGUGGUGAUAAAAGUAAUUUCUCUGACAUAUUGUCAUAUUUCGCUCAAUCGUGAUCCUCAACAUUUUGUUGGUUUUAAUUGUUUUUUUAAGACCAUGGGUUUUAAUUGAGAGCAUGGUAAAGCUUGGGAUGAACAAGACUUUGAUAGGGAGGCAUCCAAGCAAAUCUGAGGAAAAUGGCGAUGACAGUCAUUUGGAUGAUGAACUAACGUUGGUUCAUCACGGUUCUGAAGAGUACAGACGGGCUCAGCAAUUGAGGGGUUUGUUUAUAGACUUCUACAACCACGAGCAACUCAUGUUGAGGAGAUUGGUAGAGGAAGAGAAGGAGGUUAUUGAAGCAUUUUCUUCAUUGCAGCAAUGUUAGUUUAGUUUAGGUUUAGGCUGUGUUGGCUGAGUUAGUGGGGUCAACCAUUCAUUGUUCUAGUUUGCUAUCCUCCUAUGUAUAGCGCGCCUUUUCAGUGUGCAUAUAUGUGUGAAUAUGAUGCACGUAUAUAUAUAUAGUAAAGUAGCCAUCGUUAAGGGCUUGUUCUGCCUCAUCUCAAAUCUCAAUCUUAAAUCUUAAUUAAUUAUUACUAAUCACAUCCUAACAAGUUCUUGUAUCAGCUCAUUAAAAGAGUGUUGUUUCUUUAAUUUUAUUAAGACCGUUGCGUUUUAUUUUGGUCA